GACAGGAAAAGGGAAGAGAAAGUCUCUAGUCACAUGACAGCAGAGGCUUGAAGGGGAUGCAGCUGCGGAUCCAGGCAGGACUUCUCAGGCGGGGCGCCCGGGAAAGAAGGGAGUGAUUGGUACAGUUUAUUGGAUUGUAACAUUUGGGAUAACAUGGCUGAUGAACUGAAAAGGUUCCUGUACAAAAAGCUGCCAAGUGUUGAAGGUCUUCAUGCUAUUGUAGUCUCUGACAGAGAUGGCGUACCAGUUAUAAAAGUUGCCAAUGAUAAUGCUCCAGAGCACGCUCUUCGACCUGGCUUCUUGUCAACUUUUGCACUUGCAACUGACCAAGGCAGCAAACUGGGGCUUUCAAAAAACAAGAGUAUUAUCUGUUACUACAAUACUUACCAGGUGGUGCAGUUCAAUAGGCUACCUCUGGUGGUGAGCUUUAUUGCUAGCAGCAGUGCCAAUACAGGAUUGAUCGUAAGCUUGGAAAAGGAACUGGCUCCAUUGUUUGAAGAGCUGUGGCAAGUUGUGGAGGUGUCUUAACUUGCUAUCUCAUCUCCCACUUCAGAGUUACAGCAUCUCUUCCAGACCAAGCAGGAGAGUAUUUUCAACAACUCACUGUGUAAUGAGUGUUUGGAAGAACAUGCCACGUUCUCCUACUAUUCUAAAAUUUAAAACUACAUAAGGUUAAAUCUGCAGUGAAAUACCAGUGUGUAUAUAAAGUAAGACAUGGAGAAGGAAGAUACAGCUGCAGCUACUUCUGUUAAAUGGUGGGGACUAUCUAAUGACUCCCAUGGAGUUAAUCUCAGGCACGCAGAUCCUAUCUGUACAAAAUAAGUCACCCACACCACCCUGUGAAAUAGCGGACUACUUCCGUCUUCUGAGCUGCGACUCUAUACUGGGAAGAGAAAAUGUAUUUUCACAUUAUCCCUGAGGAAAAUCUUCCUCGAAAAGUUUUGCUAGUGUUGAUACACAAUCAGUGGUUCAUGCUAAUGUCUGGAUGAUCAAAAGUGGUUUUUGGAAUCCCUUAUCCACUGUGCAUGCUUGCCAAGGCAUUCUUGGAGCUGUAGUCGAAAAAAAGCAAUUUGUCCAAGCUUUUGAGCCUGAGUUUUCUCCCUUAAAAAAAAUCACAUUAGUUUGGUUUAGUACUACUUCCGCUCUUCUUACAGAGAUCAGAUCAAUCAGUGUGUUUACUCUUCAUCCCUGUUUGUAAAAUACAAAAUUGAGCUUUGCUUCAUCUUACUUUACUUUGAUAUCUGAAUAUAUGUAAUUGUGGUGCUUUGCUGGCUCAUUUAUCUUUGCUUGUCUCUAAACAAAUCCAAAUAAAAGAGAGUGAAUAAAACAA